GAGAGAUGCCAAACUCUCCAAUUCUUGAACGUUUGGAGCAUGUUGUUGGAAGGUUCUCAAUUGGAGACAAACUUAAGCAAACCAAACCUGGUACACGUGAACAUGAGCUGGAGUUCCCAGGUUAUCCUUCAGAUGAUAGUCUGUGUGUUGUUGUUAUUAUAAAAGAAUACUUGGCACGUACCAAACACCUUCGUAAAGGUAUUACAAGUAAAAAACCAUACAAAAGCAGCUAGUAAGAGUACUAUAUCUCGUUAGAUUAAGAGCACUUUAGGUCUGGCUGGUAUUGAAAUAAGUCGUUUUAAACCUCAUAGUGUUGGGGCAUCAUCAACCAGUGCAGCUACACUUGCUAAGGUACUUCUUGAUGCCAUUCUCCGAACUGCUAGUUGGUCAAGACACUGCACCUUUGCAAAGUAUUACAAAAGAAAACCCAAGAACAUGA